AUGGCACCUCCUCCACCUCCCACCAGGCGCCUCAGAGAUGCUGUUGCAAGGGAGAACAUUGCAGAGCUGGUCGACCUUCAGCGCCGCGGCCUCAUCAAGUCCAAGGAGUUCUCCGGGCACCAUGACUUUGGACCCGAGGACGUUCAGGUGGUGCUCUUCGAUGUUUAUUCGCUGGAUAGCUUUGCCGCCUGCUGUGCCGCACGCAAAGCUUUGCCGCAUGCUGAGUUCGAAGGAGUCACCAGAAGUGGCUGCGGAGAGAAUUUGAACGUGGAAGUGCGGGACAAGGUAAUCGCAUUGCUCGGAGUGUGCUGGGACUAUGAUGAUAUGAGGAACUUGAUCGAGAAUGGCGCUCAGGUGUUGGUGCUUCAGUCCGAGGAUACCCUCUCAGAGCCGGACAAGAACGACCUCAUCCAAUUGGGUACGUGGAUUGAGGUCGAUCCGCGCCUUGGUGCCGGCGUUUUGGCCUGGGAGUUCUUCAACAAAGGCGAUCCGGUGCCGUUGCUCCUGCGGGCCAUCGAAGAUAGUUACCUGGGACGCAACGUCUUCAAAGACGGCAAGGCCAUGGAAGAUGGCAUUGAUGUACUGCUGGAGGAUGUGACGGAUAUCAACGCUGAGGUGAAGGCGCUCUUACGACCUGUGGCGUAUAGAGAUGAGAUCUUCACAAAGUUCAAUCACUUGCUGAAUGACAACCAAGCCACGCGGAAGCGGCUACAAGUCAUUGCCGAAAAAGGAAGAGAAAGGGCCGCAGAGAUUGCAGCAGAUCAAGCACGGGCUGCCGCUUCCUGCGUUGUGCGGGUCUUUCGUCAUUUUCCUGCGUGGAAAUGCAAUAUGGUGCUCAUGUCCUCCAAAUUUGAAGGUCGAGUGGCUGAAUUCCUGGCGCAGCAGUUGGCGGACCGCUGCGCAGGUGAUGAAGGUCGCUGUUUUGGUGCUGUCCUGGAAAUCGCCAAUGGAGUUCGUGUGGUUUUGCGGAGCUUGGAGGGAGGUCCAGACGUAUCUCAGAUAGCUGGCCACUUUGGUGGAUGUGGUUCAGCCACUCGUGCCUUUUUCAAGGCAGGGAGCAGCACGUUUCUAGAGAGCAAUUUGGAGCAGCCAGAGGUGGUACUGCGAGAUGUUUCUCUGGACUCCAGCUGCUUGACCUUGAAGCCCAAAGAUUUGGUCACGGUGAUGGUAAGAGAUCAGCAUUUCCGAGACUCCCCUUUGGACGAUUGGUCGUGGGGCUUCAAGGUGGGUGAACCUGAGAAGGAAGGUUGGUUUCCGACUUUAUCAUAUUCCGUGUACAUUGCCGUCCGCACAGAGCCUUCUCACGGCACAGGCGUAAAGCCGGUGAAGGAGGGAGACAUUGUGGUGGGGCAUUUGCAGAGGGGGAAGUAUAUCUAUGGAAGGCGACUUCCGGGCGGGCCGAUCGAGACUCCCGAAUUGAAAUCAUGGUUCCCAUUUGCUGAAGACCUCUUCAAACGAUUGCACGCAAGCAGUGCUGCAGUCGCACUGCUAGAUGCCGGUUUCUUUAGAAUGCCCGAGAUAUUGGCAUAG